AUUUCGACUGUGGAAAUUGUGAAAUAAAUGAAUCCAUUCAGUUGGCUAGAACGAAACCUAUGAGCUAGACGAGUGCCAGUGCAAAGUGGAAGCCGAAACUUCGGUUUCGCGGAGAUUAUCGGCAGGAAUAAAUCUGUGCUAAUAACAAAAACAAAAGGAAUCAGAGUCCGAGUCUGCGAUGAGCCGUCUUCUAGAGAAGCCGAACAUUGCCAUGUCCAUUAAGUCAACGGGUAGUCAAUUAUCGAGCACAGUGGCCACCACCGCAACGGGUGCGGGCACUGCUGCUGCUGCUGCAUCCGCAGACGUGGAGGACGAGGAUGCAAGCGGAGCACAUGAUGUGACAUCAGCAUCGGAACAGCAAUCAUCAUCAGUAACAGAAACACCCGCCAAUUCAGUCAGCCCCAGUCCCAGCGGGCGCACCAAUACCAAUGUCGAUCAGGUAAUCAUCAGCCUGGUGUCUGGUGCGGCGGCAGGGGCUUUGGCCAAGACAGUCAUCGCUCCGCUGGACCGCACGAAAAUCAACUUUCAGAUACGCAAAGAUGUUCCCUUUUCGUUCCGUGCCUCGCUGCGGUAUCUGCAGCACACCUACGCCAACGAGGGUGUCCUGGCCCUGUGGCGUGGCAACUCGGCCACGAUGGCCAGGAUUGUGCCCUAUGCGGCCAUACAGUUCACCGCCCACGAGCAGUGGCGCAGGAUCCUGCAGGUCGACAAGGAUGGCUCCAACACGAAGGUACGUCGCUUUGUGGCUGGCUCACUGGCGGGCAUCACAUCCCAAUCGCUCACGUAUCCCUUGGAUCUGGCCCGCGCACGCAUGGCCGUGACAGACAGAUACACGGGCUACCGAACGCUGCGGCAGGUGUUUGCCAAGAUUUGGGUAGAGGAGGGCCCACGGACACUGUACCGUGGCUAUGGUGCCACAGUGCUGGGGGUGAUACCCUACGCGGGCACCUCCUUCUUCACCUACGAAACCCUGAAGCGGGAGUACCAUGAAAUGGUUGGCAAUAACAAACCGAAUACUCUAGUCUCGCUGGCGUUUGGUGCUGCGGCUGGUGCCGCCGGCCAAACGGCGAGCUAUCCUUUGGAUAUUGUGCGCAGAAGAAUGCAAACUAUGCGUGUGAACGAAGCGAACAAUGAGAGGUGUCCCACCAUUCUAGAGACGCUCGUUAAGAUCUAUCGAGAGGAGGGUAUCAAGAAUGGUUUCUACAAGGGCCUCAGCAUGAAUUGGCUCAAGGGCCCCAUUGCUGUGGGCAUUAGCUUCUCCACCUAUGACCUGAUCAAAGCCUGGCUGAGGGAGUUGUCCCACUUAAAGCGUGGCCGGCUGGAGGAUUAGCAGCAGCAGCAGCAGCAGCCCAUGCCCAUGCGCCCCCACAACAUACACACACCAAAAAACGCACUGCUUUGUUCUUAAGUACGAUGAUCAUAUGAUCCGAUGAUAAAGCUGCAGGAGGGGCAGCAUGCUCUAAUUGUUAGAUAUUUUUAGUUGUUAAUUGUGGAGGAGAGGAGAAAUUUGUUAUUUACCAUAAUUGAUUUAUUAUCUGCUUUAAGCCCAAAGUAAUAAAACACAGUCUGCAUAUUGAUUCGCCCUAAGCUCUAUUCAGUGGCGUUACCUGGACAAUAA